AUGGCCAAAGUCGACAUCGAUGAGUUUAUUGAGCGUCUAUACCGCGGAGAAUUGCUUGUCGAGGAGGAGAUUCGAGAAAUAUGCGAAAGGGUGAAGCAUAUAUUCAUCGAGGAACCCAACAUUCAACCAAUUCUGGCCCCUGUUACGGUUGUCGGUGACAUCCAUGGGCAGUACCACGAUCUCAUUGAAAUGUUCCGUAUUUGUGGACGUUCACCAUACACAAAUUACCUCUUCAUGGGCGAUUAUGUCGAUCGCGGAUACUACUCAGUUGAGUGUAUAACUCUCUUGGUCUUGCUAAAGAUUAAGUACCGUAAUAGGGUUACUAUGCUUCGCGGAAAUCACGAGUCUAGGCAGGUCACGCAGGUGUACGGCUUCCACGAAGAGGUUGUAAGAAAGUAUGGGACGUCUGCUGUUUGGAAGAUCUUCACUGAGGUGUUUGAUUAUCUCCCCAUUGGCUGUUUGAUAGACAAAUCCAUAUUUUGCAUUCAUGGUGGUUUGUCGCCCUCGAUUGAUACCCUCGAUCAGAUCAGACAGCUCGAAAGGGUAACGGAGAUACCUCAUGAUGGUGCCAUAGCAGACUGUCUUUGGUCAGAUCCAGACAUAAAAUCAGGUUGGGGAAGGUCACCCCGAGGAGCAGGGUAUACCUUUGGUCAGGAUGUGACGGAGACCUUCAUAAAGAACAACGGGCUUCUCAUGAUUGCGCGUGCCCACCAGCUUACCAUGGAGGGCUACCAGUGGCACCAUGACAAGCAGUGCGUGACCAUCUUCUCUGCGCCAAACUACUGCUUCCGCAGUGGAAACCGCGGGGCAAUCAUGGAACUGGACGAGAAUAUCCAAUACACCUUCAUACAAUUCAACUUUGCUCCUCGCAGAGGCCAGCCACAUAUAUCUAGGCGCGUUCCGGAUUACUUCCUUUAG